AUGGACAGCUCAUUCCCUCCUCGCGAAUCGAUCCAGGAGCAACGACGGGCACUCGCCGAAGACACUGUCUCUUACGCCAUCUACCUCCCCUCCUCCCUUUCGACAUCAACAUCCACAACAACAACAACAACAACAACAACAACAACAAAGACAACAGAUCCCAAUAGUCAGAUUCAGGACCAACAACAGCAUGCAACUGCGCUGGAGUCAGUCCAGGUCGCCAGGACGCUGGUGAACUCUAUUGUUGCAGAGCUGUCCAAGGACUAUAUCUGGCACAAGGAUGCAUUCUCACUCACCAUUGCUUCAGACCAAGGGAAAGGUUCGACGGGUCAGCCUUAUCUAAGAGGCCUAACGCGGUUCGGCGACUCGAUUGACGAUGAGUGGAUCGUUGUGCACUUGCUCAGGGAGAUCACGAAACGGAUCCCUGGAUCUAUUGCCAGGGUGCAGGAUAACGAUGGAGAGUUUCUGUUGAUCGAGGCUGCAGACCAAAUCCCCGCCUGGCUUGACCCCGAAAACAGCGAUAACAGGGUGUUCAUCUAUCAAGGAAACCUUCACAUCAUACCCAUUGCCACAACGGCGGACGAAAAGAAAUUUUUCCCAACAACACUCGGAAGCAAGUCUCGAGCACCAAAACUACAGGACGCCCUGGAAUUCAUCCGCUCCGCUACUACUACUGCUACAGGAUCUCCACAAAUAUCAACAUUGGCGAGUAUAAAGAUCCAGCAGGCAGCAUUCGGACCCCUCUUGCCAGACUCUCAGGAACAACCCUUUGCACUGCGGAAAAUCCAGGAACAACGCCAUUAUGCCCGCUGUCAAAUCCCAGUGCAGGUCGCUAGGAUCUUGAAGACUCGACCCGAGUUGGUGACUCGUGCGGCAGAGGCCUUUUAUACCAGGGAUGCUGUCGCCAUGGCCGUGUGUAGUCGAAUGACAAAGUUCUUCCCUCCUGCUCCUGCUGGUUCUACACUAUCGACAUCGACAAGUUUGAAUGGGGCACAGACACUGGGGAAGAACGAGACGCCGUUUGUUACGACGGCGGUUUGUUUCACAAAGACUUGUUAUGCGCAGUUGAUGGGACAGCAAUUUCAGUCACCAAAAAUCUGGGAUGGGAUUGUACCGCCGCCCAAGGUUGAGGAUGCUCAGGAUCCUCAGAAAGUCAAAGAAGCAGAACUCGGCAUGAAACUGACGUGCGGGUUUGAAAUUCUGUGUAGCAAGGAAUACCCAGGAGACUUUGGGUUCAGGAGCAAAGACGAGAUCCAAAUCGACAGUUUCCCAUUUGCGACAGAUGACUCCUGGAGGGUGUUCAAGAGCAACCUGACCCUACGGAGUUAUUUCGGAGACGAGCGGGUAGGGUCUGCACGGUACCAGCAACUCGAGGAGGCGGCCAAGCGACAAUUCUUGGAAUACAAGUUGGAUCGGCUGAGUGCCGAUGAGGGUCAGGGAGAGGAGGGGAUUUCGGCGUCUUUUCAUGGACAUGGUUAUCACCCUGUUCAGGAAAUUGAACGUAUCCUGGAUGUCGAAUCUGCAGAACCGGUGGAUGCGAAAGAGUUGGUGGAUGAAAGGAAGUCGGAUGAUGAUUCGUGGAUGGAUGUGGAUCUGCAGGAUUUGGAGGAUAUGAUGCGUGCUCGUGGGUUUGGUGGCGGUAAUGGAGGCGCAAGCUCUGGUUCUAUGGAGACGGAGGAGGAGGGAGAGAAGUCUGGACUUAAUAUGCAGCAGAUGCUUGAUCGGUUUGGGGCGUUCGUUGAGGAUGGGGAGGGAGGUGUUGAGGGAGCUGAGUUCUUGGAUGAGAUGAGUGAGGAUGACGAGGAUGACGAGGAUACCGAUGAUACCGAUGAAGAGCAGGAUAUGAGUGUCAAAGCCGAAGUUGACGAGGCAGGAGAGGAGGAGACAGGUGAUGAUUCCGACGAUGAUAUGUUUGCGAGCGACUAUGAGGAAAAGCAGGCUGCGAAGCGAGCGGCCAAGGCCAAGAGGGGCAACAAGUCUGGCGGAGGUGUGUUCUUGUUUGACGCCGAUAUGAUGAGCUUUGAGAAUGGGGUCUCACCAGCGAUAUCCGAGGCGCCAAAGUCAACGGAGGAAUCAAAGGCGUUUGCGAUGGACCAUGGUAAGUUCAAGGAUAUCCUUGUUCAGACGUUCGGUGUACCUUCUCCAUCUUCUCGAGCCGCAAAGGAGAGCUCAGGCGAUGUCGAGAUGAGUGAGGACGAUGAAGAGGAAGACGACAUGGAUGUUGAGAAGUUGAAGGAGUACAUGUCUGCGCUCGAUGCAGAACUAUCGGCCACAAAGGUGGGAGAAUCCUUCGAGAAGACAACCACCAGCAGCAGCAACGAGGAUAAAGGCAAGGGUGUUCCUCGGAAGAUGGCGGCGCCAGUACAGAAGACGAAGAAGAAGCCUGAGAAGAACCUGGAGGAGUUGAUGAAGGAGGCUACGGAUCGGUCUCGUAGAGGGUUCAGCAGACAUGGGCCAUUGGGUAUGCCUUCGGGCCCGUCGUUUGGAUACGACCCUGCGGGUAUGUCCUUCGCAGAUGACGAGGAUGAUGAAGAGGAAGAAGAUGUCAGAAAACCUCGCGUGGCUACGAUAUCCGCAGAUGGCGAGGAGGGUGACGAACUGGAUGAACUUGAUGACGACGAGGUGGAGGAAAUGGACCAGGAGAUGGUGGAUCUGGAUUUGAAUUUGGCCAAGAACCUGCUGGAGAGUUUCAAGAGCCAGGGUGGACUUCCCGGACCCGGUGGUAACCUCCUUUCAAGACUCGGUAUUGUCCUCCCAAGAGACGACGAUGAUGAAGAUGAUAGCGAUGAAGACCGUGCUUAA